AUGGGAGUAAACCAUCUUGGGGCAGUUCUCUUCACAUUGCUGCUGACACCUCUGCUUAUCAAGUCUGCGCCCGCCCGAGUGGUUCUGACUUCGAGUGCUUUGCACUACUCCACCGGUGGCCGGGGGCGAAAGCUUGGAUACAUCGACUGGGAGGAUUGGAACUGGAUCACACGGAAUUAUGAGCGUGAGCUGGCCAUGACCCAGUCGAUGCUUGCCAAUGUGAUGUGGGCUGCGGAGUAUGCUGAGCGUUUUGGCCAGCAGGGGAUCACCGCCGUGUCCGUGCACCCAGGCUGCGUGUCUACUGGAGCUCAACGUCACAUGCUGGGCGAAGGUUGCUACGCGAGCUGCUUCAAGUGCUUCUUGAAGUGGGGCAUCAGAAUGAUCGAUGUCUGGCCGGGAUCCCAAUCGACUCUCUACGCCGUGCUCUCCGACGAC